AGACGCGAGGUUUGCAGCAGGCCGAGCAGGAGGAGGAAGGGCCAGUGGGAGCAGAGGAGGUGGCCCUGGCUCAGUGAGGGCUCUGAGGGUCCCUUCCCGAAGAGGGUCCAGGCUGGGCUGGAAGCACAGGCCCUGGAAUGCAGCCACCUCCUCUGCUGCUGCUGCUACUGCUGCUGCUACUGCUGGGUUUCCCAACUGUCAUGACAAGAGGGCUGCUGUGCGGGAGUUUCCCAGACCCCUGUGCCAACGGAGGCACCUGCCUGAGCCUGUCUCAGGAAAAAGCGACCUGCCAGUGUGCUCCAGGCUUCCUGGGGGAGACAUGUCAGUUUCCUGACCCCUGCCAGGACGCCCAGCUCUGCCAGAAUGGAGGCAGCUGCCAAGCCCUGCUGCCGGCUGCACCGGACUCCCCCAGUCCCCCCUCUCCGUCAGCCCCCAGCUUCUCCUGCAUCUGUCCCCCUGGCUUCAGUGGCGAAAAGUGCCAGUCCCAGCUCGAAGACCCCUGUCCUCCCUCCUUCUGUUCUGAAAGGGGCAGCUGCCACAUGCAGGCCUCCGGCCACCCACAGUGUUCCUGCCUGCCUGGCUGGACAGGUGAGCAAUGCCAGCUUCGAGACUUCUGCUCUGCCAACCCCUGUGUCAAUGGAGGUGUGUGUCUGGCCACGUACCCCCAGAUCCAGUGCCGCUGCCCACCGGGCUUUGAGGGCCACACCUGUGAGCAUGACGUCAACGAGUGCUUCCGUGACCCCAGCCCCUGCCCCAAAGGUGCCUCCUGCCACAACACCCUGGGCUCGUUCCAGUGCCUCUGCCCUGCAGGGCGAGGGGGUCCACGCUGCGAGUUCUGGGCGGGAUCCUGCCCCGACAGAGGCUGUCUGAAUGGUGGUACCUGCCAGCUGCUGCCGGGGACAGACUCUACCUUUCACCUGUGCCUCUGCCCACCAGGCUUCACAGGCAAGGAGUGUGAGGUGAACCCAGACGACUGUGUUGGGCACCAGUGUCAGAAUGGGGGAACCUGCCAAGACGGGGUAGGCACCUAUAGCUGCCUCUGCCCGGAAACCUGGACAGGCUGGGACUGCUCAAAAGACGUGGAUGAGUGUGAAACACAAGCCCCCAUGCGCUGCAGAAACGGGGGCACCUGCCAGAACUCAGCAGGCGGCUUCCAUUGCGUGUGUGUGAGUGGCUGGGGGAGCGCCGACUGCGAGGAAAACCUGGACGACUGUGCUGCGGCCACUUGUGCCCCAGGUUCCACCUGCGUUGACCGUGUGGGCUCCUUCUCCUGCCUCUGCCCGCCUGGACGCACAGGCCUCCUGUGCCACCUGGAAGACAGGUGUCUGAGCCAGCCAUGCCAUGGAGAAGCCCAGUGCAGCACCAACCCCCUGACAGGCUCCACGCUCUGCCUCUGUCAACCUGGCUACUCAGGGCCAACCUGCCACCAGGACCUGGAUGAAUGUCAGAUGGCACAGCAAGGCCCCAGUCCCUGUGAACACGGUGGCUCCUGCCUCAAUACCCCCGGCUCCUUCCACUGCCUCUGUCCACCUGGCUACACCGGCUCCCGCUGCGAGGCCGAUCACAACGAGUGCCUGUCCCAGCCCUGCCACCCAGGCAGCACCUGCUUGGACCUACUUGCCACCUUCCACUGCCUCUGCCCACCAGGCCUAGAGGGACGGCUGUGCGAGGUGGAGAUUGAUGAGUGUGCCUCAGCUCCUUGCCUGAACCAUGCUGACUGCCAUGACCUGCUUAACGGCUUCCUGUGCGUCUGCCUGCCCGGAUUCACAGGCACCCGCUGUGAGGAGGACAUGGAUGAGUGUAGAAGCUCUCCCUGUGCCAAUGGUGGGCAGUGCCAGGACCAGCCUGGAGCUUUCCAUUGCAAGUGUCUCCCAGGCUUUGAGGGGCCGCGCUGUGAGAUGGAGGUGGACGAGUGCCUGAGCGGGCCCUGCCCCCCCGGAGCCAGCUGUGUUGAUCUCCCAGGAGCCUUCUUCUGCCUCUGCCCCACUGGCUUCACAGGCCAGCUCUGUGAGGCUCCCCUGUGUGCCCCCAACCUGUGUCAGCCUGAGAAGAGCUGCCAGGAUCAGGAAGACAAGGCCCACUGCCUCUGCCCUGAUGGGAGCCCCGGCUGUGCCCCUGCUGACAACUGCACCUGCCACCAUGGGCGCUGUGAGAGAUCCUCCUGUGUAUGUGAUAUGGGCUGGACAGGACCUGAGUGUGAGGUGGAGCUGGCAGGCUGUGUCUCUGCACCCUGUGCCCACGGGGGCACCUGCUACCCCCAGUCCUCUGGCUAUAACUGCACCUGCCCCGCAGGCUACACAGGGCCCACCUGUAGUGAGGAGGUAACAGCUUGUCACUCAGAACCCUGUCUUAACGGUGGUUCCUGUAGCCCCAGCCCUGGGGGUUACUCCUGCACCUGUCCUCCAAGCCACACGGGACCUCAAUGCCAAACCAGCACAGACCACUGUGUGUCAGCACCGUGCCUCAAUGGAGGCACCUGUGUGAGCAUGCCAGACACCUCCUUCUGCAUCUGUGCACUGGGCUUCCAGGGCCCACGCUGUGAGGGAAGGACUCGCCGCAGCUGUGCAGACAGUCCCUGUAGUAACCAGGCAACCUGCCAAGACAGCCCUCAGGGUCCCCGCUGCCUCUGCCCACCUGGCUACACGGGAGGCAGCUGCCAGACACUGGUGGAUCUCUGUGCCCAGAAGCCAUGUCCACUCAACUCCCGCUGCCUCCAGGCUGGACCCUCCUUUCACUGCCUGUGCCUUCAGGGAUGGACUGGGCCUCUCUGCAACCUGCCACUGACUCCCUGCCAGAAAGCUGCGCUGAGCCAAGGCAUAGAAGUCUCCUCCCUGUGCCAGAAUGGAGGCCUCUGCGUGGACAGCGGCCCCUCUUAUUUCUGCCGCUGCCCCCCUGGAUUCCAAGGCAGUUUGUGCCAGGAUAAAGUGAACCCCUGUGAGUCCAGGCCUUGCCAGCAUGGGGCCACCUGUGUGGCCCAGCCCAACGGGUACCUCUGCCAGUGUGCCCCAGGCUACAGUGGACAAAACUGCUCAAAGGAACCUGAUGCCUGUCAGUCUCAGCCUUGUCACAACCAUGGGACUUGUACUCCCACACCUGGAGGCUUCCACUGUGCCUGCCCUCCAGGCUUUGUGGGGCUGCGCUGUGAAGGGGACGUGGAUGAGUGCCUAGAUCGGCCCUGCCACCCUACUGGCACCUCAGCCUGCCACUCUCUGGCCAAUGCCUUCUACUGCCAGUGUCUGCCUGGAUAUACAGGGCGGUGGUGUGAGGUAGAGACAGAUCCCUGCCAGAGCCAGCCCUGCUCCCACGGAGGGUCCUGUGAGGCAACAGCUGGACAACUCCCAGGCUUCACUUGCCACUGUCCCAAGGGUUUCGAAGGCCCCACCUGCAGCCACAGAGCCACUCCCUGUGGCCCCCAUCACUGCCACCAUGGAGGCCUGUGCCUGCCCUCCCCUAAACCAGGCCUGCCACCCUUCUGUGCCUGCCUCAAUGGCUAUGGGGACCCUGACUGCCUGACUCUGCUGUCCCCUCAAGGCUGUGGUCCCCCAUCUCCAUGCCUACAUAAUGGCAGCUGCUCAGAGACCCCCUGGCUGGGAGGCCCAGGCUUUCGAUGCUCCUGCCCUCCUGAUUCCCCUGGGCCCCGAUGUCAGAGGCCUGGCACCCAGGGGUGUGAGGGCAGAGGUGGAGACGGAGCCUGUGAUGCAGGCUGCAGUGGUCCAGGAGGAAACUGGGAUGGAGGAGAUUGUUCUCUAGGGGUCCCGGACCCCUGGAAAGGCUGCCCUUCCCACUCGAGAUGCUGGCUUCUCUUCCGGGAUGGACAGUGCCACCCGCAGUGUGACUCUGAAGAGUGCCUGUUCGAUGGCUAUGACUGUGAGACUCCUCCAACGUGCACUCCAGCCUAUGACCAGUUCUGCCGAGAUCACUUCCACAAUGGGCACUGCGAGAGAGGUUGCAACACGGCAGAGUGUGGCUGGGAUGGGGGGGACUGCAGGCCUGAGAGUGGGGAUGCCAAGAGGGGGCCCUCCCUGGCCCUGCUGGUGGUGCUGAGCCCCCCAACCCUGGAUCAGCAGCUGCUUGCCCUGGCCCGGGCGCUGUCCCUGAUUCUGAGGGUGGGACUCUGGGUAAGGAAGGAUGGUGAUGGCAAGGACAUGGUGUUCCCCUAUCCUGGGGCCCGGGCCGAAGAGGAGCUAGGAAGACCGCAGGACCCCUCUCAUCAGGAGAGGGCAGCCCCUCACACACAGCCCCUGGGCAAGGAGACAGACUCCCUCAGUGCUGGGUUUGUGGUGGUAAUGGGUGCAGAUUUGUCCCACUGCGGCCCUGAGCACCCUGCAUCCCGCUGUCCCUGGGACUCUGGACUCCUGCUCCGCCUGCUGGCUGCCAUGGUGGCGGUAGGGGCCCUGGAUCCUCUGCUGCCUGGGCCUCUCCUGGCUGCUCACCCUCAUGCAGGCACCGCGCCCCCCACCACCCAGCUCCCCUGGCCUGUACUGUGUGCACCCGUGGCUGGCGUGCUCCUCCUGGUCCUUGGGGCUCUUCUGGUCCUCCAGCUUGUGCGGCGCCGACGCCGGGAGCACGGGGCCCUCUGGCUGCCACCUGGCUUUACUCGCCGGCCUCGGACCCAGGCAGCUCCCCGCCGCCGCAGGCCCCCGCUGGGCGAGGACAGCAUCCGCCUCAAGACACUGAAGUCAGAGGCAGAAGCCGAUGAGGAUGGAGUGGUGAUGUGCUCAGGCCCGGAGGAAGAGGAGGAGGUAGGCUGGGCUGAAACAGCAGCAUCUCCCUCCACGUGUCAGCUGUGGCACCUGUCCGGUGGCUGUGGAGGGCUCCCUCAGGCAGCCAUGCUAACCCCUCCCCAAGAGUCUGAGACGGAGGCCCCCGACGUGAACACCUGUGGCCCUGAUGGAGUGACCCCCAUGAUGUCAGCAGUCAGCUGUGGAGGAGUAGAGUCCAGGACCUUCCAGGGGGAAUGGCUGGGGGGUCCUGAGCCCUGGGAGCCUCUGCUGGACAGGGGGGCUUGUCCCCAGGCUCACACCGUGGGCACUGGGGAGACACCCUUGCAUCUGGCUGCCCGAUUUUCCCGUCCAACUGCUGCACGCCGCCUGCUUGAGGCUGGAGCCAACCCUAACCAGCCAGACCGGGCAGGGCGCACCCCGCUGCACACUGCUGUGGCCGCAGAUGCCCGGGAAGUCUGCCAGCUCCUGCUCCGCAACAGACAGACCGCAGUGGAUGCACGCACAGAAGACGGUACCACGCCACUGAUGCUGGCUGCUCGACUGGCAGUGGAGGACCUAGUGGAAGAACUGAUCGCAGCCCGGGCAGACGUAGGGGCCAGAGAUAAAUGGGGAAAAACCGCGCUGCACUGGGCUGCCGCUGUGAACAAUGCCCGCGCCGCCCGCUGCCUUCUCCAGACCGGAGCCGAUAAAGACGCCCAGGACAACAGGGAGCAAACACCGUUGUUCCUGGCGGCCCGGGAAGGAGCCGUGGAGGUGGCCCAGCUGCUGCUGGUGCUGGGGGCGUCCCGAGGGCUGAGGGACCACGCCGGAAUGGCACCCGCCGACAUCGCCCGGCAGCGGAACCACUGGGACCUGCUGACGCUGCUAGAGGGGGCGGGGCCGCUGGACGCGCGUCACAAAGCCACGCCGGGCCGCGAAGCCGGCGCUCUCCCGCGCGUGCGCACUGCGUCGGGAAGCUUGCCCCCGCGCGGGGGCGGGGCUGCGCCGCGCAGCCGGACGCUGUCCGCCGGAGCAGGCCCGCGAGGGGGCGGAGCCUGCCCGCCCCCGCGUCGUGCGUCCGUGGACUGGGCAGUGCGCAGGGGCGGGGCCCACGCGAGGGGCCGCAGCCAAUCCGGAGGCGCUGCGGGCGGCCCGCCCCCGCGCGGCCGCGGGCUCUCAGCAGGCAUGCGCGGACCCCGGCCCGCCCCUGAGGCGGUGAGAGGAAGAUGCGGGGUCGCGGCGGGGUGCAGAGCCACGGCUUCCCCGCAGGACUGGCCGUGUGACUGGGUGGCCCUGGGAGCCGGCGGGCCCGCCUCCUGCACGCCGACUCCGCCUCUCUGCCUGACUCCGUCGCCGGAGCAGGGAUCCCCUCAAGUGGUCUGCUCCGUGCCCCUGGACGCGGGAGGAGAGAAUCCGAAAUAGAAGGCUGGGCGGGGAGCAGGGACUCAAAAGAUGACUACCCAUUACAUGUCAGGCAGCCUGACUCUAAAAUCGAGCCCCCAAAGCCUCCACUGCCCUCAAAUGGAGGAUAGGUAUUUAUUAUUGAGCACCUGCCAUGUGCCAGGUGCUGUGUAGAGGCUGUCCCUUGGCCAGGGGCCACUCCAGCUGGUAACUCCUUGUAUUCUCCAACAAAGAAACUAUUGCAGAGAUGAAAUCACUCUUCCAGCCAAAGCUAUUUAAGAACCCCAAUUUGUCCGCAAAAAUAAAUAAAGGCUCAUUUACAGUGUUAUUUUUUUCUGAAGGGGUGGAAAAUGGAAGGGCAAAAUAAAAGUGCCCACAGUGUCUUCUGAAUUGAGGUACAGGAUUUCGAUGGGGUCGUGAGGAAAAAUAAGUUUGCAGAUUUAGGGCCUCAUCUGGAAAAAUUCUGCUAGUUCAGGGAGACCCCAUUCAAACCUUUUCCCUCAUCCAAAGGCUUGUAGGAUGGCGAGAGCCGUCUUAAAGUUUAUCACCCUUUGACCCACCUUUAAUGUUAACAGGCCUAAGACAGAGGCACAAGGCAUCUUGAAAGCCAAAAAUAACCAGACUCUUUGCCAGCUGCUUUAUUACAAUUAGCCCUCACAACUCAAUGAGGUAGGUGUGACUAAAACCCCAAUUUAACCUUUCAGAAACGGACACCGAGAUUUUACUUGCCCAAAAUUGCAGGCAUGGAGUGAUAGUGCCAGCUCUCAUCACAUUCCAUGUUCUAGGUCAUUCAGCUCUGAAACCCCAAACACAGCAGGUUGCCCUUCAGUGGUCCCAAGGGCCCGUUUCAUGCCCUCUUUGGUGCCAAUUAGCCAAAGAUGGAGCAGGGG